AUGACCAUCCCCAUCAUCGAUUCACACGUCCAUCUCUGGACAGAGACGCAACUGAAAACACUCACGUGGCACAAUUCAAACAAUCCGUUAGGGUUUCAACACUCUGCCGAGGACUAUGUACUAUCUGCUACAGAGCAAGAGUCUUCAAAAUAUCAAUUGCAAGGAUUUGUCUACCUCGAAGUAGAUCGCAUAUCAUCCGUGCAGGCCGACGACGAUGGCAAAGGAUGGGAGCAUAUCCUUGAUGAAGUCUCCUUUCUGGCUCGAAUAGCUCGCGGAACACCCGCGGAUGGUGAAGGGCAUAUCGAAUCUCACAAGUUGUUAAUGCUGGGCUUUGUGCCCUGGGCUCCUGUACCGGGUGGUCCGGCUGUGUUGGAGACAUAUAUUUCUCUUGUCAAGGGUCGUAUAGCUUCCUCAGCAGCCAGAAACGAUCACAAGGAUGAUGGUGAGGCAUGGAAGAAACUUAGAGGAUUUCGAUACCUCGUCCAGGAUAAGCCGGCGUGGACAAUGCUUCAAUCAGACUUUGUCGAGGGGCUGAAAUGGCUCGGUAGACAGCGGUUGGCAUUUGAUCUAGGUGUUGAUGCUAGACAGGGGGGUCUAGGACAGCUGAGAGAGGCCAUUGAGUUGAUAAAGAGGGUGAAUGACGGUGUGAACAUGGAAGAAAGGGUUGUUGUUAUAAUUAAUCAUCUUUGUAAACCCAAUUUACACAUAUCUCCGGAUAAAGCCAAUAAUCAUCCGGAUUUCAUCGAAUGGAAAGACCUAAUUACCGCCAUGGCAACACAAUCCACUACGACAUACAUGAAACUCUCCGGUCUAUUAUCAGAAUAUCCGCAAUUAUCUCAAGAAUAUACGCAGGGAGACGAAGAUUCCUUAAUCAAUCAUCUCGUUGAUCAUGCUCGCCCCUGGACAGAUGCCCUAUUUGAUGCCUUUGGUCCUCAUAGGGUCAUGUUUGGAUCGGACUGGCCUGUCUGUACGGUUGGUAAGGGGGCGACGGCCUCAAAGAUAGGGGGAGGGCGAGCAGGCGCUUGGAUUAGAUGGAGAAAGGUUGUUGAGAGGGUUCUUGAAAAACGUGGUUUGAAUGAGGAUGAGAAGAAAGAUGUUUGGGGAGGGGUUGCUGUUAGGGCUUACAGAUUGGAUAUUACCUCGUGA